AUGGGUGUCAAGGGUCUAAACCAACUAAUCAAAGAACAUUCUCCACAUGCCUACAAAGAGUUUCAAUUGAAAAACUUGUUCGGCAGAAAAGUCGCUAUCGACGCUUCAAUGUGUCUUUAUCAGUUUCUAAUUGCAGUAAGACAAUCCGAUGGCCAACAAUUGACUAAUGAAGAUGGGGAAACUACCUCGCAUUUGUCCGGUAUAUUUUACCGAACCAUACGAAUGGUUGAAAACAACAUCAAACCCGUGUAUGUGUUUGACGGGAAACCACCAGUGUUGAAAGGAGGUGAAUUGGAAAAACGUUUACUUCGAAGAGAAGAAGCUCAAAAACAAAUGGACCAAAUAAAAGAUGAAGCAACGGUUGCUGAAGUAAUGAAAUAUGAAAAAAGACUAGUUCGUGUGAGUCGCGAUCAAAAUGAAGAAGCCAAAAAAUUAUUGGAAUUGAUGGGUAUACCGUAUGUUAAUGCACCUUGUGAAGCAGAAGCUCAGUGUGCUGAAUUAGCUCGUACUGGUAAAGUAUUUGCUGCAGCAAGUGAAGAUAUGGAUACUUUAUGUUACGAACCACCGCAGUUGUUAAGACACUUGACCUUUGCUGAAGCAAGAAAAAUGCCAAUUGACCAAAUUAGCUAUAAAGAAGCUAUUGAAGGAUUAGACAUGACAAAGGAACAAUUUAUUGAUUUGUGUAUUCUAUUAGGUUGCGAUUAUUGCGAAACCAUUAAAGGAGUAGGGCCAGUGACAGCUUAUAAAUUAAUCAAAGAACACGGAUCAUUAGAAAACAUUAUCAAGUAUAUCAAAGAAAAUCCAGAAAAGACCAAAUACAAAGUUCCCGAGAACUGGCCAUUCGAUGAAGCAAGACAAUUGUUCUUGAAACCAGAAGUACUACCUGCAAAUGAAAUUGAGCUAAAAUGGAAAGAACCCGAUGUAGAUGGAUUGAUUGAAUAUAUGGUCAAAGAAAAAGGUUUUAGUCAGGAUAGAAUUAAAAGCGGUGCUGAAAAAUUGAAAAAGGGAUUGAAAGCAGGUGUACAAGGAAGACUAGAUGGGUUUUUCAAAGUUGUUCCUAGCUCAAAAGAUGAUAAAAAGAGAAAAGCUGAGAAAACAAAAGCACCAGCUAAUAAAAAAGUAAAGAAAAAGUAA